UUAAUUUGUCAUUUUUUAUUCCUAAGGUCAAUAAACCCUGUACUAUGCGUUUCAAGAGGGUUUUAAUUUUUAUAAUGCAAUUUAUUUUUCUCUUUUUUUGUUUUCUGCCAUUUCCCUUCAUUUCCCCCAAUCUGAUAGCCAGUGUCCUAUUAUCCAAUCUAAAUUUUAUUUUUUCUUUAUUAUUAUUUUAUUUUUUCUUUUGUAUAAUUGUGCCUGACUAAAAUUUUCAUAUACUGGGAUCGGUGCUUUUAGUUUGACUGAAAAAUAGUGAGCUUUGAGGUUGGGGAGAGCACUAUGUUUGGGACGGCGAUUAGAUAUAUGGCGACGAAACCGAAGCCGAAGAUGAAACCUAUAGAGCUGAAAACUCCACCGGAGCAAACUCAGACCAUAACAAGGGUCAUAUUCGACAUCGUCAAGGAGCAUGGUCCUCUCACCAUUGGCGACACCUGGGAUCGGGUUAAGGAAGUUGGUUUGAGAGGAUUGACAAGCAAGAGGCACAUGAAAAUAGUGUUGAGAUGGAUGAGAGAGAGGCAGAAGCUUAGGCUAAUAUGCAACCAUAAAGGGCCUCACAAACAAUUUCUAUAUACGACUUGGUUCACAAAAUCCAACAUCAACCAGGCAAAACCAGAUAAUAAUCCCUCACAACCAAAAUUCCCAUAAAAUUGAUGUGUUAUUAACUAAGCAGCUUGCUCAAGAAUUUUCACUUUUUUUCCAGUCCACAAUUACUUUGCACAAUCAUAAAUGUAGAACUACAGGCUAAAUGCCACAACAGAGAAGUGCUUGAUUGUAAUUUCACUCUUUUCAGUGCAUAUAGUGGCUGUUUGCGUUA